ACGGGAUCCGGGGAGGAACGAGGACACAGCCUGAAUGUGGGGAGAGUGAGGGGGGAAGGCAGGAUCCCACGGCCCACGGGGGGAGACAUGGACAGGAUGGAGUCAAUCCUCGGGCCGAGCGUGGGGAUGGACUCAGCCCGAGACCAGACCUGGCUCCGCACCAGAGGCUGGCCAUGGGGCAGCAAUCCCACAGUUGCCUCAACUGCGGCAAGAGGUUCGGCAACGCCUCGGCCCUGACCCAGCACCGGCGCACGCACAGCGGGGAGCGGCCCUUCCGCUGCGCCGACUGCGGCAAGGACUUCAUCCGAGCCUCCGCCCUGACCCAGCAUCGGCGGACGCACACCGGGGAGCGGCCCUACCGCUGCGCCGACUGCGGCAAGGACUUCGCUCAGCUCUCCCACCUGACAGCGCAUCAGCACACGCACACCGGGGAGCAAUGGUACCGCUGCGCCGACUGCGGCCAGAGCUUCUGCUGGGCCAAGUCGCUGAGUCGGCACCGGCGCACCCACACCCAGGAGUGGCCGUACCGCUGCGCCGACUGCGGCAAGGGCUUCAGCCAACAGGCAAACCUUACCAGGCACCUAGCCACGCAUGCUAAUACCUCUCUGCCACCACCAGGACCUGAGGGGCUCCCGGGGGCCUGGCACAGCUCCAGCAGAUGCAGACCAGGCUGUGGUCCUGUCUUCGUGAUGUCCAGUGGAGAGUCCAUGUCGGGGCAAGGAAGGGAAUUUGGCUGAGCCCUGUGGGGAAGGGGUUGACAGCUGGAUUAUGGAGAUGCCCAUGAGCUUAUUGUGCCUUCAGAGCAAUUGGUCACGGCCUACUCCAUUAGUGUGACCCUCCCACCCCAUCUAGCUGGGAUCCAGCCAGGACGCUCCCUGCCCUGCCAUCUAGCCAGGACCCACCCUUCUCUCUCUGUCUCUCUCUCUUACACACACACACACACACCUCCAGCCAGGAACUCCCCCCCACAACAGGGGUGGGCAAACUUUUUGGCCUGAGGGCCACAUCAGGGUUGGGAAACUGUAUGGAGGGCCCGGUAGGGAAGGCUUUGCCUCCCCAAACAGCCUGGCCCUAUGUCCCCUAUCUGCCCCCUCCCACUUCCCACCCCCCUCAGAACCCCUGACCCAUUCAAGACGCCCCCCUGCUCCUUGUCCCCUGACCGCUCCCUCCCGGGGCCCCCCGUCUCUAACCGCCCCCCAGGACCCAACCCCCUAUCCAACUACUCCCUGUGCCCUGAGUGCCCCAAUCCCUAUCCACACCCCUGGCCCCUGACAGGCCCCCCCGGGACUCCCACACCUAUCCAACCCCCCCCCCACUCCCCUGUUCCCAGUCCCCUGACCGCCCCCCACGAACCUCCGCCUCCCUGCUCCUUGUCCCCUGACUGCCCCCUUACCAAGCUCCUCAGAGCGGUAAGAGCUCGCAGCCAUGCCCCCGGGCUUCCCGGCAGGAGUGGCGGGCCAGAGCGCAGGCGGCGUGCUGAAGCUGCGGGGGAGGAGGGACAGCAGGGGAGGGGCCGGGGCUAGCCGCCCUGACCGGGAGCUCAGGGGCUGGGCAUGAGGGUCCCACAGGCCGGAUGUGGCCUGCGGGCCGUAGUUUGCCCACCUCUGCCCCACAACCAUCAGCUCCAGCCAGGACACUCCAGAGGUGGGAUUUGCCGUCCCAUCUCAGCGUGGAUUGGUCUGAGGGACAGGGCGGGACAGCCUGGUCCGUGUGAUUGGAAGAAGACUCGGGAACUGCUCAUGCUGUCUAUUUUAAAUAGAAACGUGAUCAAUAAGAAAUAUAUAACAAA